AUGAAGUUCGCUAUUCUCGCUCUGGCCACUGUGGUCUCUGCCAAGUUCCGCGCUACAACGACGCGCUACUACGACGGCCUUAAAGGUGCCUGCGGUUGCGGUACCGAUUCUGCUGGAGUCGCUUCAUGGCAGCUCGGCACUAGCGAUGGUGUCUACACCGCCGCCGGCUCGCAGGCCCUCUUCGACUCGAACGCCAGUUCCUGGUGUGGUGGUGGCUGCGGCAAGUGCUACAACCUGACGUCUACGGGCGAGCAGGCCUGCAGCUCCUGCGGCGCGGGAGAGACGACCGGCAAGAGCAUCAUCGUGAUGGUGUCCAACCUGUGCCCGUACAACGGCAACGAGAAGUGGUGCCCCAACGUCGGCGCGACCAACAACUACGGUUUCUCCUACCACUUCGACAUCAUGGCCCAGAGCGAGGUCUUUGGCGACAACGCGGUCGUCGAGUUCGAGCCCGUCGCAUGCCCCGGUGCUGCAGCAUCCGACUUUGAGACGUGCCAGUGCCACGGCGUGCUGGAGACCGACGAGACUCCGCUCGGCAUGACCAUCGGCUCGUCUGCCGGCACGACUGCUGCUGCCGGCACGACUGCUGCUGCCACUACCAAGUCCAGCAGCUCUGCCAGCCAGUCUUCUGCGCAGACCUCUGUCCACACGACCCUCACAACUGCCCUGGUAGUCCCGGCAUCGGCCUCGAAGCCGGUUACCAAGUCCGUCUCGAAGUCGACAUCUGCUUCCUCGGCUGCCGUCAAGGCCUCCACGGUUCCCCACAAGCCUGAGGUGGCUACCGCCUCUGCCGAAGCCGUGAAUGCGGCCGGCGCUGCAACGACGGCUAAUGUUUUCGGUGCGACCACUGCCUCGAGCUGUGCAGCAGCCCACACCUACACCCAGACCGUCUGGGUCUAA